UACGUGGCUGUCUGGCCAUUCGUAGUUGCAAUAGUAUUUUGCAGCCGCAAAUUAAUAUUUGUGGUGGAAAGUGAAGUGCAUCUUCAUCCUUCCUCCCUUCAUCCCUUGUAUUCAUGGUUUUGAUCAUUGGUAAAAACAAAAAUCAUUUCUCAAAAACUCUCACAAUCACUGUCAGAAGCAUAAUCCAUUAAUCUCUAAUCCCAUUGGAGAGAAAGAGAGAGAGAGCGAGAGAAAGAAAAUCAAAACACUGGUAUUCAUGGCGGCGGCAAGCGCAGCCAGUGCCAUCAGUUUGAAUAGUAACAGUGGCAGCAGCAGCAGCAAUGGCAAUCCCAUUAACAACAAUAGCAAAAACAGCAAAUCCCAAAUUAUGAUACCCAUACACGUGUGGCCAAAUCCCAAUUCCCGCAGCUGCCAGUGGCAAUCGUCGUCCUCGCGUCGCUGGGUUCCUCUUUCUACAAAGGCGGCUGCUAAAGAUGACAAACCAACCAAAAUCACAGCAGAUGCAGAUGCAGAUGCAGAUGCUGAUGCUGAUGCAAAUGCUGCCAAGCAAAAAAAGCAGAUGCAGCAGCGUAACAGGCUGGAACUUGAAGACGUGAACCCCGUGGGACUGGGACGCAGAUCGCGACAACUGUUCGACGAGGUAUGGCGCAAGUUCUCCGGGCUGGGUCAGAUCUCCAGCACCAGCCGUGCCGAUGAAAGGGAUGCCCUCGACGCCCUCCUCAUCAGGGAAGGGCCACUCUGCGAGUUCGCCAUUCCGGGCGCCCAGAACACCACCGUCCUCGUCGUGGGUCCCACCUCCCGCAUCGGUCGCAUUUUGGUGCGCAAGCUCCUUCUCAGAGGCUACACAGUCAAGGCGCUGGUGAGGAAGACCGAUGGGCAAGCUGAGGAGAUGCUUCCGAGGUCGGUGGAGAUGGUGAAAGGGGAUGUAGGCGACCCCUCCUCCCUCAAGGCCGCCGUGGAAGGCUGCAACAAGAUUAUCUACUGCGCCACCGCCCGCUCCACCAUCACUGGCGAUCUCUACCGGGUUGAUUACCGUGGCGUUUACAAUCUCAGCAAGGCCUUUCAGGACUACAACAACAAACUUGCCCAGCUCCGAGCAGGCAAAAGCAGCAAAAGCAAGCUCCUUCUUGCCAAGUUCAAGUCUCCUGAUUCUCUCCACGGUUGGCACGUUACUACGGGCACCUACUUCCAGGACGUCAUUGCUUCCAAGUAUGAUGGAGGCAUGGAUGCCAAGUUUGAAUUCACCGACUCUGGCGCCGCCGUUUUCUCUGGUUACGUUUUCACUCGUGGAGGGUAUGUUGAACUGUCAAAAACGCUUUCACUCCCUCUUGGUCGCACCCUUGAUAGGUAUGAAGGUCUUCUUCUCUCUGUUGGUGGGAAUGGAAGGUCCUACAUUUUGAUUCUUGAAGCUGGUCCUACAGCUGAUGCAUCUCAAAGUAAAUUGUAUUUUGCCAGAAUUAGCACCAAAGCAGGGUUUUGUAGGGUGCGGGUGCCAUUUUCUUCAUUCCGCCCUGUCAAACCAGAUGAUCCACCAUUAGACCCUUUCCUUGUACAUAAACUGACCAUACGUUUUGAGCCUCGAAGACAGAGACCUGUUGAAGGGCCUUCUGGAGUGAAGCAAGAUCCAAGAAGCUUUACACUUAUAUUGGAAUACAUAAAAGCUCUUCCUUCUGGGCAAGAAACAGACUUUGUCUUAGUUUCAUGUACAGGAUCAGGACUAGAACCUACCAGAAGGGAUCAGGUCCUUAAAGUCAAGAGGACUGGGGAAGAGUCAUUAAGAAGAUCAGGGCUUGGAUACACUAUCAUUCGUCCUGGUCCCCUAAAGGAAGAACCUGGUGGGCAGCGUGCACUCAUAUUUGAUCAAGGAAACAGGAUUUCUCAGGGCAUCAGCUGUGCCGAUGUGGCUGAUAUCUGUGUGAAGGCAUUGCAUGAUUCAACAGCCAGAAACAAGAGCUUUGAUGUAUGUUACGAAUAUGUUGCUGAGCAAGGGAAGGAACUGUAUGAACUGCUUGCAACUUUGUGCAUGUUGUCUGCGCAGGUAGCACAUUUACCCGACAAAGCCAAUAACUAUUUGACACCAGCAUUAUCUGUUUUAGAGAAGAACACUUGAGAAAUAUCAUCACUAGCUGCGACUCUGAUAUAUUGAUCCAUCGGAUAUGGUGUAUAUGCAUCUUCUAGAGAUAUAUUCUUUAUGCUAUUCAUCUAGAUACAGUAAUGAAGUUUAUUCUUUCUGAGAAAUCAAUGUAAGAUUCGAAUACUGUGUUGUGGUAGAUAGGCAAAAGUGUAACAUAUUAUGUAUAAAACCGCUGCUUCAAUGAUAUGUAUAGUGGUGUUGUCUAACCA